UAUAUACUCCGUCUAUGGUAUAUAUAUAGGCUAGGCAAGUAGGAGUUUGUCCUUCCUAGCUAGCCAAUUCCUACGUGACCGUAGAAGAUGUAUAGUAUAUGUAUGUAUGUAGGUAGAAUAUAAUUAGGGUAAUUAAGUCCGUUAGCUUUAAUUUAAAAGCUAGCAGCUAGCAACGCAGCACAGAUCGAUCGGAGAAUUGAAUUGUGUAAUGGGGGCAGGUAUUUCAGGAAUGAUGGGCGACGGGUGCAGCCGGAGUAGUGAAACCAGUAUUGGAGAGUUGCCGGAAAACUGUGUGGCGUUGAUUCUUUCGCGGUUGGAGGCGACGCAGAUUUGUGGUUUGGCAGCUGUGAAUCCAACCUUCCGUCGAGCUUCCUCAAGUGAUGCCGUCUGGGACUCCAAGUUGCCUCAUAAUUAUCACUUUCUUCUCAACAACCUCUUCAAUCACAACACUAUUUCACCUAAUUUCAACUCUAAGAAACAAAUAUUUGCCACACUGUGUCGUCCUACUAGAUUUGGAGGAGGCUACAAGGAACUAUGGUUGGAAAAGAAUGGAGGAGGAAUAUGUGUGUCUGUCUCCUGGAAGGAGAUGAAGAUAACCGGCAUAGACGAUCGGAGAUACUGGACUCAUGUCUCCGAUUCUGAUGAAUCCAGAUUUUCAAGCAUUGCAUAUUUGAAGCAAAUAUGGUGGGUUGAAGUAGAAGGGAGCUUAGAGUUGGAAUUUCUUCCAGCGGGAAUUUACAGCCUGUUUUUCCGGCUACACCUGGGAAAACCAUCUAAAAAAUGGGGGCGCCGAGUUUUCGAUGUGGAACAAGUGCAUGGGUGGAACAUGAAACCAGUUCGGUUCCAAUUAUCAUCAUCACACGGCCAACAUGUCAGUUGUGAGUAUUAUUUGAAUAAUCAACCUGCCGGAAAAUGGAUACAUUAUCAUGUUGGAGAUUUCGUUGUGGAGAACUCUCAUCUUCCGACCAACCUCAACUUUUCCAUGACUCAAAUCGAUUGCACUCACACUAAAGGUGGCAUGUGCUUAGAUUCCGUCUUCAUUUGCCCAAUUAAGCUUGGAGAAAAUUUUAAAAAUCACUCUUAAGAAAAUAAAAAAUAAUGAGUGCUGUGCUAUAGCAUACCCAAAAUUAAAUAUAUGUAUACCACUACUGUAUAGUAUUCUAAAAAAUCUGUGUAGUAGGCAAAAGACUGAAAGAGUCAAGUUUUAUUUGGUAUGAUUAUAUUCAUUCUUAAUUAGCUUAUAGCCGCUUAAAAAUUAAGGAAGGAGUUGCGUUGUUUGCUAGAUUCUUUUAAUUCCUAAAUUGAUGAUCUAACAUUUGUAUACUCUAAAUGGUAUUAGCUAAAUCUGAACAGUACAUAUCUUCAUAUAUAUUAGCCAUCUCGAUCUGCUGAUCUGAUCUAUCUGAUGUAAAAGAGAGGUGUAUUUUAUUUUAUUUAUGCAUGCCAAAAGUUCGAUCAA